AUGAAGCGCAUGGAGGCACUUUUCAACGACUUGCUCGCCUCUCAAGCUGUUGCCAAUACCGCUGCUCAAGUUUUGGUCCAUGUGGAUGACUUCCUCGAAAUGAUGUCCCGAUGCUUUCACUACCACUACAGAAAGUGGACAAUGCCUGGCCCCAACGAAGUGCUGUACAAGAUUGUUGGCAUUGGGCGUGGAGCCUGUUUCGUUUCGUUCAAGCUGCCUCCGUGGUCUGCUAAACUGGUGGGAUGA